AUGUCUGCCGCUGACGCGAAGGUCUUGAAGACCGCACCUCUGAAAGAGGAAGACGCACGAUGGACCAAGCUGAUUUUAACGACUUACUCAGACGCUCGAGGCAAAGAACGAACAUGGGAGCAUGCAGAACGAAAGACGCGUCCAAAGGGCUCAGAUAUAGAUGGAGUCGGCAUCGUUGCUAUUCUUGAGAAGCCAAGCGGAAGUGAGAUUGUUCUUCAAAAGCAGUAUAGGCCACCACUUGAUAAGGUCGUGAUCGAAGUUCCAGCCGGUCUGGUCGAUGCGGGAGAGACAGCCGAGCAAGCAGCCGUAAGAGAAUUAAAGGAGGAAACCGGUUAUGUUGGGGUUGUCAGCGAGAACCCAGGAUUCUGUAAUACCAACCUGAAGAUGAUCCACGUAUCGGUUGAUAUGUCGCUCCCGGAGAACCAGAACCCAAAGGCCGAGUUGGAGGAGGGGGAAUUCAUCGAAGUGUUUACAUUACCUUUACAGGACUUGUGGGCAGAGUGUGCGAAGUUUGAGAAAGAAGGCUAUGCGAUUGAUGCUCGUGUGGGCACGCUCGCAGAAGGAAUCGAGAUCGCCAAACGAUGGAAAUUGUAG